AUGGCUCAAAUGCUUAAACAGUUUGGUCAAGAUCGUUCGCUUCAAAGAGAUCAAUUCGCAGGACCUUCUCAACACAAUGCCGGACCUUCAUCCAUGCGUACACAAAGACAGCAAGGUUUUCCUCAAGGUGCCGGAGGAGACAUGGUGAACGAAUUCUUUGGCCAAGAACAACAACAACAACCUCAAAGAAUGGGUAUGCAGAAUAAUUUUGAAUUCUCAGCAUUACAAAGAGAGUUGGAUGCAGUACGACAGGUGCCUUGGGCCAACGAAUUUGGUCAUGCAACACAAGCAGGUCCUAAACUUUGGGAAUUGACACCCGGAGAAGAAUCCGCCAUGGAAAAGGCCUUUUUGGAAAGUAAAGCUGCUGCUGGUCCAACCCAAAGCGCAUCAGUAUGGCGAGAUGAGUUUAUGAAGCAUCCUGAGGUCAGUAACAUGAAUCCAGCACAAUUGGCUGAAUUCGAAACUGCCUUUGAGAAACACUUUGAUUGGGCCAACGAAUUUGAUCUUCAUCAAAAUAAGGGUAAAGGACGCCUUGAAUUAAACAACAAUGCUCCCUGGGAAGAGCAAUUCGCUGCAUUUGAUCAACUCUCUGAAGAAGAAAUGGCCCGCAAAGUAGAGGAGGCUGCCGCUGCUCAAGAUCCUGCUUUUGACCAAUUUGAAAACGUUUGGCAAAACAUUCGGGAUCAAAUGGCAGAGGAUAAUGACUGGGAGGAUGAAUUUGGAAACUUUAAUAAUACAGGUGUCAUCUAUAAACCGGAUUUGGGUGAGUAUGUAUUUGAAGUUGGGAAUCCAUACUUGAAUCAUCAAGAUCCUAUGGCUGUUGGUUUGCGUCUGUUAGAAGAAGGCGGCUCAUUGAGUCAAGCUGCUUUAGCCUUUGAAGCCGUCGUGCAAAAAAAUCCUGCUGAUUCCGAAGCUUGGAUGCAUUUAGGUAAUGCUCAAGCUCAGAAUGAAAAAGAGGAGCCAGCUAUUCGUGCUUUGGAAAGAGCGAUCGAGGCAGAUCCAGGAAAUCUACAAGCUCUCAUGUCGUUGGCUGUCAGUUACACCAAUGAAUCCUACGAUCAUGCUGCUUAUCAAAUCUUAGAACGUUGGAUCACCCAGAAAUACCCCCAUGUGGUGGGGCAUCAACCAUUACCAAAUGCUACGUCUCCCUUUGAACUUCACGAUAGAGUUACGGACUUGUUUUUGACAGCAGCCAGACAAGCUCCAGAUGGACAAUUGAUGGACCCUGAUGUACAAGUAGGAUUGGGUGUUUUGUUCUAUGGAAGUGGAGAACUUGAUAAAGCCGUUGAUUGCUUUGUAGCUGCAUUAAAGGGUCGUCCUAAUGAUUAUCUAUUAUGGAAUCGUAUGGGUGCUACCUUGGCUAAUAAUGCCCGUCCUGAAGAAGCAAUUGAUGCAUAUCACAAGGCACUUGAGUUACGUCCCUCUUUUGUCCGUGUUAGAUACAAUAUUGGCGUGAGCUGUAUUAACAUUGGCUGUUAUAAAGAAGCCGCCGAACAUUUCUUAACAGGUCUUUCCAUGCAUAAACGAGGUAACGGGGAUGCGGAAGAAGGUGUGAAUGUAUCAAAUAACUCUUGGGAAAUGUUACGAAAGGCUUUCAUUCAGAUGGAUCGUCGUGAUUUGGCGGACAAGGCAGUGGUUGGAGCAGAUCUGAAUCAAUUCCGUCCAGAGUUUGAUUUUUAA